AUGCAUCGUGCUCAGCCGCCCAAUUCGACCACCAGAUGGAGCCGCAACCAGGGAGCUACUUCCAGGACGCGCGCGUCCCGCAGCAGUGGGUCGUCGACGGCGUUGUCUUCCCCGCGCAAGCGGACCGCCGCGGACUUCGACCGCGCCGUAAACGCGUUCGGGUACGAGGAGCUGCCCUACGUCGGCGCGGCGCCACGGACCAACGUCGUCGGCCGCGUCUUCACCGCCAACGAGUCGCCGCCCGACCAGAGCAUCCCCUUCCACCACAAGAUGGCGCAGGCUCCAACAUUUCCGUCCAAAUUGUUCUUCUUCUGGGAAGUCGAAGCAAAGAGUGGUGGAGAGACACCUAUAGUGUUGAGCCAUUAUGUUUAUCAGAAGGUCAAGGACAAGUUCCCUGAAUUUGUGGAGAAGCUCGAGAAAUGUGGGCUGAUUUACACAAGAGUCUUAGGAGAGGGUGAUGACUCUUCUUCUCCAAUCGGUCGUGGAUGGCAAUCAGUAUUUGCCACUAGUGAUAAAGUCGUCGCUGAGGAAAGGUCCCUUCAUGGCUAG